AGAUCGAACGCUCAGACGAGAAGGCACGCGAAAUCCGGGGGAGAGAGAGAGAGAGAGAGAGAGAGAGAGAGAGUUGGGGGUUUCGAUGGAGGGCGGGCAGUCGGCCGGGGUGUACUCGCUGCCGCCGAGCCGAUUCUACGGCGAGGACAUACUGUUCUGCGUGGACGUAGACGCGGAGUCGCGGACGGAGAUGAAGCUGUCGGGACCCAAGGGCCGCCCCAUCACCCGCCUCGACUCCAUCAAGCAGGCCCUCCUCCUUUUCGUCAACGCCAAGCUCUCCAUCAACCCCGACCACCGCUUCGCCUUCGCCGUCCUCGGCCAGUCCGUCUCCUGGCUUAGGAAGGAGUUCAGCAAUGAUGUUGAUUCUGCAAUGGCAGCAGUUCGGGGACUUGCAGCAGCAAACUCAUCAUAUGGCGUCGCAGAUAUUACCCAACUUUUCCGAAUAGCAGCCCACGAAGCAAAGAAAUCCCGCAUGCAGGGUCGUCUCUUCAGAGUGAUGCUCAUUUACUGCAGAUCAUCAGUUCGUCCCCAGCAUCUGUGGCCUGUAAGUCAGAAGGUUUUCACCAUGGAUGUCAUCUAUCUUCAUGAUAAGCCUAGUUCUGAGAACUGCCCACAGAAGGUAUAUGAUGCUCUAGUUGAUGCCCUUGAGCAUGUCAGUGAAUAUGAAGGCUACAUCUUUGAGAGUGGGCAGGGCCUUUCCCGGGUCCUCUUCCGGCAAAUGUGCAUUCUUCUUUCCCACCCACAGCAACGUUGCGUUCAAGAUGAUCUUGACAUCCCCAAGUCCCUCACAAGGAAGUCAACACCUCCAAUCGAUGCUAUUCCCACGGAUGAUAGCAUUUCUGUCUCCAGCCAGCUUAUAAUCUCUUGUUGCUAGAGUCAACAGCAAAUUAGAAGCUUCCACUUCUUACCAUUGUUUGCUGCCUUGAGCAACAUUUUUAGAUAGUUUUUUUUCGUUUGAAGCAGUUGAUCAAUAUCACGCACAUCAGAUGGAUGCCAGAUGGUUGGUUGGAGGGGCUCACAGGACCUGAAUUUAUAUUGUUUCAUGUUGGGUUGUUAGUUCAUGCCUAUUGGAAAAAUUAGGAUAUGAUGGACCAGGACCUGGCACGUUGAGGUUCUUAUCAUAAUUUUCUUUUUCCCGGUAAAGCAUAAAAUGAUGUUUUAAUUACAAUACAUUGAUGGUCGCCCAUGUUAUAUUGGACAUCCAUACUUAAAACAUACUUUCAAGGAUGGGAUGUAGUUUGAUUGAGAUAAGCUUUGUUGAGAUUACAUUAUGUUAGUUUUUUACUAAAGCAAUAUAAAAAUCCAGCAGGCUGCAAGAGAA